UCUCGCUAUCCUUCUGUCUCGCUACCUCGCCGGCUUGCUAUCCCGUCUAGUUCUUUCGUCAUCUUUCUCUCGCUGUUCUUCUCUCAUCGCAUUUCUCUCGCCGUUCUCAUUCACCCAAUGUCGCCAAUGGUAAAGCAAAUGAACUCGUGCACCCGCCGCACCUAUACCUACACCCAUCUCUCCCCUCCUGAUCUCCUCGAGCUAUUCGAUAUCUUAUACCCGCUCGUCUGGCUAAGUUGCACACAGUGGACCCAUUCCACAUCGGACACUUCAAGCAUAAUGAAUGACGUGGGGCAAUUCUGCAUUCAAGCUCGAUAGCGUGGCAUCAUCCGACCACAGUCGCUCUUUCUACUGGAUGACGGAUGCGUCACCAUCUUCCCGUUCUUUUUCUAUUUACGCCGCAAGACUGUCAUCUGACAGCCGUUGUUCUUUCUGCCGGAUCGCCCUCGAGCCCGCCAGCUCACUCUUUCACUCUGUCCGGACCCUAGAAGGGUCCUGUCAUACCCAGCCUAAUAUUAUCUCUGCCUCGGACUUCGCCCAUUCGCGCACCGCGGUUUACACGCAACUUCAGCCUAUUUCAUUAUUUCUGCCCUGGACUUCGCUCAUUCGCACACCACGAUUUACAUGCAGCUCCAGCCUAUUAUCUCUACCCCAACCUUCGCACAUUCACGCAACACAGUCUACAUACAGUUCCAGCCCAUUCCAUUAUAUCUGCUCCGAACUUCGCCCAUUUGUACACCACGGUUUACACACAGCUUCAGUCGUUCAUUAUUUUCUGACUUUGCUUAUUCGCGCACUACGGUUUACACGCACCUCCAGCCUAUUUCUGCCCUGGACUUCGCUCAAUCGCGCACCACGGUUUACACGCAGCUCAGCCUAUUACGUUACGACAUCUUUUCCACACCGACGCUUCGCCUCGAACAGAACACCAUCCGCAACAUCGUUCACUCGAGGCUCAUACAGUAAUAUCCAUGCUUGGUCCGUUCACGACUCAUCUUAUGCCUCUAUGCAUUAUGACAUUUCAUGACUCACGACACUUUAUGAGGUACGACACUUAUGACUUCCAAUACUUUCUUAUUUAUCGUCCGACCCAUGUCACUCCUUCAUAUACCCUUUUCU